AUUUGUCAGUUUUACGUCAAAUCAAACAAAUUACAAAACACUCAAAACAAAUCAUUGCGAUUUUAAUUUAUCUCUGAAUUAGGUUUUCAGUAUUUUCUCAAAAUGCUUACUUUAUGGAAUUUGUUUGAAGCCACAUUACUUUGUCUUAAUGCAGUCUGCGUACUUCACGAAGAAAGAUUUAUGCAAAAAAUGGGAUGGGGAGCUCAAAGUCAGAGCCAAGGAUUUGAAGAUCAGUCAACAGUGAAAUACCAGAUCUUGAACUUAGUUAGGUCCAUAAGAACAGUGACAAGAAUUCCGCUGAUUCUACUAAACAUACUCACAAUCAUAUUCAAGUUACUAUUGGGAUAAUAGAGUUAAAAAUCAAGCAAGAUUUAUAACAAAAACCCACAAAAAAAACUGCUGCUUUGGCAGCAUGCCAGUGUUUAUUAUUUAUUGGUGUUGAAUAAGACAAACUAUGCCUUGCAAUAAGCACACCUCCCAUAGGUGGAAAGUUCAAGAACAUGAUCAUACUGAAGUUGAAUAGCUGAUAUCAGAAUAAUCUGCAGUUAUAUGAUCUUAAUUUUUUUUAUUUAUUAUGAAUGGGCUUAAUCAUGGCCACAGACUAGCCGAGGCGUAGGCGUAGAAAUUAAACAAAAUCAACAAUAACCACUAGCAUGGUACCUUGUAUGGAGUAAAAGUGAAGUGUCUGUAAUCAUAAGAACAAAAUAUCUUACCUAAUCUAA